AAAUACAAUUCUUUUGGUCAGUGUACAUACCAAACCCCAGCACUCUCAGCCUUCCCUAUUCCCUCACAUCCCAACAAAAAAAGAAAAUACAAAAAGGAGAGAAAAGCUUAGAAAGAGAAAAAGAUUGGCAAUUUAUUUUUAUUUUUAUUUUUAUUUUGAAGGAAUAGAAGAGGAGGAGGGCUGGAGGGCUUUUGCUUGUUGUAAGCCUCCUCCAUUUUUAUUCAUCAAUUUUGGUUUUGGCCUCUUUUUUUGGUUUUUCAUUUGACCUAGAUAUACACUCAUAUAAAGGAACAAAGAUCAACAUAAAGAAGGAUUGAGAAUUUGAGAUGGGUUGUUUUUUUGGGUGUUUUGAGAAUCCUAACAACAAAAAGAAAUUAGAAAACCCUAAUCAUAAUGCUAAAGAAAUUACCCAUUUUAAUUCUAAUCAUAAGAACAAAGCUCAGGAUCAAACAUCUUCUACUGCAGAUGAAUCAGCUUUAAAGCAACAAUUGGAUUCCAAAAGAGAUGUAAAUGUGAGGAAGGAGGAGACCAAGGAAGUGGUAUCAUCUUCGGACACUCGAGAAUCGGUUGUUAGGGAUAUUAGUGUGGAUGGUGAUACGAGUAGCUCCAAAGCGCGGACAUUUACAUACCAAGAGCUUGUCGAGGCGACAGAUAACUUCCGAUCAGGCUUCCUAGGCGAGGGUGGAUUUGGCAAAGUGUAUAAAGGCAGAUUGAUAGAUACUAGUGAGGUGGUUGCCAUUAAGCAACUUGAUCGCAAUGGAAUACAGGGUAUCAGGGAAUUUGUUGUUGAAGUAUUGACGCUUAGUAUGGCUGAUCACCCUAAUCUUGUGAAGUUGAUUGGCUAUUGCGCGGAGGGUGUUCAGCGGCUGUUGGUGUACGAGUACAUGCCACUUGGAUCCUUGGAAACCCAUCUACAUGAUUUACGACCUAAUAAAAAGGCUCUUGAUUGGAAUACAAGGAUGAAAAUAGCUGCUGGGGCAGCUAGGGGGUUAGAGUAUUUGCAUGAUGAAAUGAAACCGCCUGUGAUUUACCGUGAUUUGAAAUGCUCCAAUAUCUUGCUUGGCGAGGGCUAUCACCCGAAAUUGUCGGAUUUUGGGUUAGCCAAAGUGGGUCCUGUUGGUGACAAGACCCAUGUCUCCACUCGGGUGAUGGGUACAUAUGGUUAUUGUGCACCUGAUUAUGCAAUGACUGGUCAGCUGACAUUUAAGUCAGAUAUAUACAGUUUUGGGGUUGUUUUGUUGGAGAUUAUUACAGGAAGAAAAGCAAUUGACGAGACAAAAACUGGCCGAGAACAAAACCUGGUUGCCUGGGCAAGACCACUGUUCAAAGAUCGAAAAAAAUUCUCGCAAAUGGCAGACCCAGCACUCGAAGGUCAAUAUCCCACACGAGGAUUAUAUCAAGCUCUUGCAAUUGCAGCAAUGUGUGUGCAAGAGCAGCCUAACAUGAGGCCUCUCAUAGCGGACGUGGUUACAGCUCUGAAUUACCUCGCGUCUCAAAAGUAUGAUCCGCAUACAUAUGCUUCCCAUCACCGAAAAACUUCAUCUACCUCAAGCGUUGCAAAGGAUUUCCGUAACAGUAAGAAACCUGAAACCGAAGAUAACCAAAGUAGUGAAAACGAUGAAGAAGACUAAAACAUGGAAAAGCAAAUAUAUCGGGUAUAGUUCUUACAUAUGAAAAUAAUUUUUUUCGAUAUCGUUAUUGUGAAUGAGCGUACUUUGUUAUCGAAUUUUGUUAUGAGCAGAUAACAAGUGCUCAUGUUCGACCAUAUUUUACCGAACAGGAAAUGAGUCUUUGCCUCUCCGUUCUCUUCUGCUAUGUACAUGUGAGCUGUGGAUUUUUGUAUGUAAGAUGCGUAUACUGUUGUAUAUUAUCAUUAUCAAUAAUAAUACUGAAUGUAGUAUCUCA